CCGUCACGGUGCCUUCUCCUCGCUCCUCUGCUUAUAAAUAGUGGAAGCGCUCCACUUGGAGCACGGCCGACGAGAGCGCAGCGGCAAAUAUCACUAAAUAUCACACGAAAACCAAACCAAAUCGAAGAAAGAGAGAUACUGCUGUACUUGGAGCCAAGCGAGAGAGAAGACUGAGACGCGACACGCGAGCAAUGGAGGCUGCGGUCGACGGCAGGUGGACACGCGUCCGCACGCUCGGCCGCGGCGCGUCCGGCGCCGUGGUGUCCCUCGCCGCAGACGACCGCUCGGGCGCGCUCUUCGCGGUCAAGUCGGCGGCGGCGGCGGCGGCGGCCGAGCAGCUCGUGCGCGAGGGGCGCAUCCUUUCCGGGCUGCGCUCGCCGCACGUCCUCCCCUGCCUUGGCUUCCGCGCCGAAGCCGGCGGCGAGUGCCAGCUAUUCCUCGAGUUCGCGCCCGGCGGCUCGCUCGCCGACGUGGUGGCGAGGAGUGGCGGGCGGCUCGACGAGUGCGCCAUCCGCGCGUACGCGGCGGACGUGGCGAGGGGCCUGGCGUACCUCCACGGGAUGUCGCUCGUGCACGGCGACGUCAAGGGGAGGAACGUGGUGGUCGGCGCCGACGGCCGGGCCAAGAUCGCGGAUUUCGGGUGCGCCAGGACGGUGGGCUCCGACAGGCCAAUCGGCGGCACGCCGGCGUUCAUGGCGCCAGAGGUGGCGCGCGGGGAAGAGCAGGAGCCGGCCGCCGAUGUCUGGGCCCUGGGCUGCACCGUCAUCGAGAUGGCCACCGGCCGCGCUCCGUGGAGCGACAUGGAAGACAUCCUCUCGGCGGUGCGCCGGAUUGGCUACACGGACGCCGUGCCGGAGGUGCCCGAGUGGCUGUCCGCAGAGGCGAAGGACUUCUUGGCCCGCUGCUUCGCGAGAAACCCACGCGAGCGGUGGACAUCGUCGCAGCUCCUGGAGCACCCGUUCCUGGCAUCGGCAGGCUGCAGCGUGAAAACAGGGGAGGCGGCGCCCCAAUGGGUGUCCCCCAAGAGCACGCUGGAUGUGGCGUUCUGGGAGUCGGACACGGACGACGAGGAGGACGACAUGCCAGCGAGCCCCGCCGAGAGGAUCAAAGCAUUGGCUUGCCCCUGCUCGGCCUUGCCGGAUUGGGACUCCGACGAGGGCUGGAUCCAAGUGCUCAACGAGUCCAGCGAAGCUUGCGACACGGCAGUGGCCAAGGUGGAGGCCGAAGGGAAGGGGCGCGUUCUGAUCGAAGCGUUGGAAACGAUCAACGAAUCUUCCGGUGGCGAUGCAGAGUGUGUUGAUCCCGAGGGCACUGUACGAUUGAUUACUGUUGCUUCCAUUGGGCAGCAGGAAGUGUUCUGCUUGGGUCUCAUUAAUGACCCACUUGUAUUUUCUGUUAAUAAAAGUGAAUUAACAAAGUCUUUGUUUCCCCAAAUUGUCUCAUUUUAAUUCUUGCUUCUACUCAUUUUCUUCCACUAGUAUAU